AGGAGGAGGAGGGCAGACAGUUGAGAGAGGGAUGUGUGUGUCCUGCAGCAUCAGAUACUACUAUCCAGGACCAGCACAGGAGAUCAGGCUACAAUCCCACCACCCAGAGGAAGGUUCACCUGGGGGCCAUGUGCCAAACGCGGGGAUCUGAGCCAUCCAGCAGGAUCAUGCAUGUGAGACCCAGGCGGGAGAGCUAGGGGACAGAACUCCGCUGCAGACCCGCAAAUGUGCAUUACCCAGCGCUCUGGGCGCCUGCAAGCAGCCACCCCGGGCAUAAAGUCGGGACAGCACAGUGGAUAAGAAGAGUUGCAGCACUUCCAGCGGCCUGGAUGGCACCCGGGGGGCGAUGAUCUGCGGGAGUGCCCAUGGACCCUAGUAGUGACCUGCUGGGCACGAUGGCCCUGGAGAGGGUGCUGCAGGCGGCCAGGCACGGGGACCUGGAGGCGCUGAGGGCCCUGCACGCAGGGGGCCAGCUGCAGCCGGGUGUGAGGGACCCCAUGGGCGCCUCUGUGGUGCACCACGCUGCGAGGGGAGGGAAGCUCGCCUGUCUGCGCUACUUAGUGGAUGAGGCGCAGUUGGAGGGUAACUGCCAGGCCCGGAACGGGGCUACACCGGCCCAUGACGCAGCUGCCACCGGCAACCUGUCCUGCCUGCAAUGGCUGCUCACACAGGGGGGCUGUGACUUUGAGGACAAAGACAAUUCUGGUGCCACUAUUCUGCACUUAGCAGCCAGGUUUGGCCACCAUGAAAUAAUUGGUUGGUUACUACGGUUUGGAACCAACGAUGCUAUGAUAGCAACAGACACCGGAGCACUACCUGUACAUUACGCCGCGGCCAAAGGAGAUCUCUCUACCUUGCAGCAUCUCUUAGAGUACUGCCCAAAUGCUAUAAAUUCUCAGACAAAGAAUGGUGCCACACCCCUCUACUUAGCCUGCCAGGAAGGACACUUGGAAGUCAUUCAGUAUUUGGUGAAGGACUGUGGGGCUGAUCCUCACAUAAGAGCGGCUGAUGGCAUGACCCCUUUGCAUGCAGCUGCCCAGAUGGGUCACAGUACAGUUAUCGUGUGGUUGAUGAGUUUUACAGACAUCAGUCUUUCUGAUCGCGACGCCGAUGGAGCCACUGCCAUGCAUUUUGCUGCAAGCCGAGGUCAUGCGAAGGUGCUAAGCUGGCUCUUUCUCCAUGGAGGGGAUAUGAGCACCGAUAACUUUGGAGGAACCCCGCUACAUGAUGCUGCAGAGAACGGAGAACUUGAGUGCUGUCAGAUCCUUGUGGUGAAUGGCGUUAAGCUUGGAAUCAAAGACCAUGACGGGUACACAGCUGCAGACCUCGCGGAAUAUAAUGGACACAUGCAUUGUGCUAAAUAUCUAAGGACGGUGGAAAAUAUGAGCGUGGAGCAUCGCGUUCUGUCACGAGAUCCAUCAGCAGAUAUGGAACUCAAGCAACAGGAUUCCGGGAUGUCCUCUCCGAAUACCACCAUGUCAGCACAGCCGGCACACUUCGACAUUGGGUCACCUUCUAGUACUCUAUCUAACUACGACUCCUGCCACUCCAGCCAAUCCAGUGUGGGAGACAAGAAACUGCCCCAACACACAGGUCCCAGGCCCCCUGAAACUGCAAUCACGGAUAUGCAGACUUAUAUGGACUUGUUAAAUCCUGAAGUUGAACCAAAUGCUACCAAUAAGGGAGAGUGCUCUGUUAUACCCCCGCCGCCACCUCCAGCAUUUCCACCCCCUCUACCGCCUGCUCCAGACUCUAGACUCCCGCCACCUCCAUGCUAUCCAGCGCCAAACCCCCCUGAGGGUCAGCACACGGCAGAGAUAUAUGUGCAGGCAAAGAACAAUCUUCGGCAUGUCGAGAGUGAGGUGCUGAACGAAGAGUUGAAUUCACGUGAGAGCAGUCCAGAAGGGCUUCGAAGGGCCGACUCCUGCAGGAAGUCAAGAAACUUCAAAAAACAACCCAGCACCGGAGAUUACUAUAAAUACAUAGGGCAGAACACGGCAGAUUCAUCAGAGUUUAGGAAGAUGGCGCACAGUGAGGAGGGAUCUCUUCUCUCAAAUGCAAGUGUGCACAAUGGUAAUGUCUCCGACAAUAAACCUAUAGGAAAUAUUCCACCACCUCCUAUCCCACCACCACUUCCAGAAAAUUUCUGUUACCCACCACCGCCUCCUCCGCUGCCAACAGAGGCCUCCGUGUCUAGUUCCAUGCAACGACGAUCGUCCAAUUCUACUGGAAGUACUAAAUCAUUCAACAUGAUGUCCCCAACGGGAGACAACUCUGAGCUUUUGGCCGAAAUUAAAGCUGGGAAAAGUUUAAAACGAACUCCACAGAGCAAAGGUCUAACAACGGUCUUCUCAGGCAGCGGACCACAAGGCAUAAAUGUGCAGUCAGAGGUUCCAUCUCCGACAACACCGCCGCCAUCAUCUCCUGCUACAUCCCCGACAAACACAGCAAUCCUUCCCAGUAAAGGGCCAAUAAAGUCUCCUGAGCCUCUCAUGAAUGGAAAUUCCACUCCGCCGGCCCUGGUGCAGAACAGCCAGCUUGAUAUCGAGUCUCUGAUCCCUACACAUGACGAGCAGGGAAGGGCGAUUCCAGAGUGGAAACGCCAGGUCAUGGUGAGGAAGCUGCAGCUGAAGAUACAGGAAGAGGAAGAGAAGAAACGCACGGAACAGGAGGAGGCAGCGCGCCUGUCUAGCAUGCCUGCAUGGCGGAGAGAGAUUCUCAGGAAGAAGAUGGAGGAAGAGAAAGAACAGAAACGGAAAGAGCAAGAAAAGUUAAAGAAAGAAGAGGCGGAGCGAGAGAAGGAGCAGUCUGAAAAGCUAAGAACGCUCGGCUAUGAUGAGACCAAGUUAGCGCCGUGGCAAAGGCAAAUUAUCCUAAAAAAAGGGGACAUAGCAAAACAUUAGUUGCAACAAAUUUUGUGUCCGUCACCGUUCACUGUCAAGUCAAAGUUUAUGUUGUCACCUGUUCAACGUGCAGAAGUCUUGGAAACAUUUCAUCAUCUCUAGAAGUCGCCGUCAGCCCACCUGGGGGAUCCGGACACCUGUGUGGACUGCGGGACCCAAGAUUAGUACAUUAUACAAAAAUAUUUCUGCGGAAUUCAAAAUUGUUUUUGUUUAGACCAUGCCCCAACUUAGGGGCAUCACAAUGAUCUUUUUAGAGCUAUUCAUAGGAGUAACAAAAUGUAGCAAUUUCUUUUAUUUUACUAGUUUCUGAAACUAUAUGGUUCUACCAUUGUCCCUAGUGGGCAGCUAAACCUAAAAUACAGGGUUCUUUGUAUUAAAGAGCAAUUUGUAACAUG